CCCGCCCAGGCUUGGCCGAUUCCGCACAUAUGGGAGAGAAGGCGCUGUGUCUCGCCACCUUUCCACCGUGUGGACUGGGGCCUUCGUCUGUGCCAAGAGCGCGAGACCGUAUGCUGAGACUAGAUAUCCGUGAUGACUCUUGGCUUCAAGGAUAGGUACAUGGAGGAAGUCUUGGACAUCAUCGAGCUGGGUACGGUCCCUCGGGGCUAAUACUCCGACAAGAUGCUGCUUCAGCUCUAUAUAACAACGGACAGAUCCUCUCAACCCGGGGGAUCCACACACUCUUUCCAAGCUUCCAGCGAGAUUUACACUUGCUUGUCUCUCCCUCUCACUCUAAUAAGAUCUUUGUCAGACACAUUGGAGCAGGCUAACUCAGAACGAUCACAAUCACUUAUCUGUCAACAGAAUCGGAACACCAUUGCCCAGGACCCAAUCACCGCCUUGGCAGUCACCUGAUAUGGGCCAGAAGGGCGGGAGGGCCGAACAGAACUACCCAAAGCAGCCUUUCCUGCUCUCUCCGGAUGAAAUCAUCAGCCACCUCGAGACCAGACUCGACUCGGGACUGAGCGAUGUUCAAGUCCAGCAAUACCAGCAGAAAUAUGGACCCAACAGACUCGAAGGAGACGGCGGCGUCUCCUGGUACGCCAUUUUGGGAAAGCAAAUCUCCAAUGCCAUGAUUCUGGUGUUGGUGCUCGCCAUGGCGCUCUCGUACGGCGUGGAGGAUUUCGUCGAAGGCGCCGUCAUCACAGCCGUCAUCGUUCUCAAUGUCGUUAUUGGCUUCUACCAGGAGUUUCAAGCCGAGAAGAAGAUGGAUGCGCUGCGAUCCCUCUCCUCCCCCUCAGCAGCUGUCAUCCGGGAUGGGAACGAGAUGACUAUCCCAUCCGCGGAGGUUGUUCCCGGUGACAUCGUAUCAAUCAAGACCGGGGACACCGUGCCGGCAGAUCUGCGGCUGUUCGAAGUCAUGAAUCUCGAAUGCGACGAAGCCAUCUUGACGGGCGAGGCGCUGCCAGUUGCCAAAGAAGUCGAAUUUGAGGCUAAGCACGGCACUGCUAAAGAGGACCUUGGUCUGGGAGACCGGCUAAACAUAGCGUACUCGUCGUCCACAGUUACCAAAGGACGAGGCCGCGGCGUGGUGGUCUACACAGGCAUGUCGACAGCCAUUGGAGGGAUAGCUGCAUCCAUGCAGGGCAAGCGACGCAAGCCCAACCGAUCCAUGUCGAGAAAGAAGUAUGGACCGAUGCAGCCCGUCAAGGGCGGCGCCCUGCGCACCUACGAUGGUGUGCGCAAAUUCCUAGGUCUUACCGGGGGCACGCCUCUGCAGAUCAAGCUCAGCAAACUCGCGUACGUCCUCUUCGGUUGUGCCAUUCUCCUUGCCAUCAUCGUGUUUGGAGUCAACCGGUUCAACGUCACGAACGAGGUCGCCAUCUACGCCAUCUCGACGGGCAUUGCCAUUAUUCCAGAGUCCCUGAUUGCGGUCCUCACGAUCACCAUGGUCGUCGGCAUGACGCAAAUGCGGAAACGCAAGGUCGUCGUCCGGCAACUCAGUGCACUUGAGGCCCUCGGUGGCGUGACCAACAUCUGCUCAGACAAAACCGGCACGCUCACCCAGGGAAAGAUGGUUACGCGAAAAGCAUGGAUCCCAGGCGUCGGCAUCUACAGCGUGGAAAACUCAAACAACGCUUCCGACCCCACAGAAGGGAUCGUCACUCUGGGGAAGGCACCCAGGUCCCGGCAGGAGGUCGAAGCAGAGAGACUAGCCCGAGAAGAGGCCUUUGACCGCAAACGAAGCACCGCCGGCAUCUCGUUCGACCUGCCGAGCGAGAAAGUGCACAAGGACGUCGAAAAGGCAGUGGAGACACCCGAAAGCGCCGUCAGCUCAAACCCAGAGGUCACGCCGGAACUCCAGGCGUUCCUGGAAUCCGCGGCGCUCUGCAACCUGGCCUCUGUCCGCAAGGUCGCCGAGGACGGGCAGGAAGAGAAGUGGAAAACGGCAGGCGACCCAACGGAGAUUGCCCUGCAAGUAUUCUCACACCGCUUCAACUACGGCAAGAAAACGCUCGAGGAGAGCGGUUGGACCCAGAAGAUGGAGUAUCCCUUCGACAGCUCGAUCAAGCGCAUGUCGGUGGUGUACGACAAGCCCGGCCUGGAGCACUCCAUUAUUUUCACCAAGGGCGCCGUCGAGCGCAUCAUCGACCUCUGUACGGCUGUGGGCGUCGGGGAACACGAACAAGUCAUGACUGCUUCCCUCAAGGAAGGCAUCCUGGAACAAAUGACGUUCCUGGCCGAACAGGGUCUGCGGGUGCUGGCCGUCGCGAGGAAAUUUACAACGAUGGAAAUCGCCGAGCACUCAGAUGUGGAGCGCGGCCUGGUUGAAAAGGAUCUCUGUCUGCUCGGUCUCGCCGGUCUCUACGACCCGCCUCGCCUUGAGACCAAGAGCGCCGUGCAGGCCUGCACGACCGCCGGUAUCACCGUGUCCAUGCUGACGGGCGACCACCCGUCAACCGCGACCGCGAUUGCCAAAGAAGUCGGCAUCAUCCCCAAGAACAUGGGCACUCUCCCGGCGGACGUGGCGGCCGCAAUCGUGAAGACCGCGACCGAGUUCGACCGGAUGAGCGAGGCCGAGAUCGACGCCCUGCCGACGCUGCCCCUCGUGGUCGCGCGCUGCGCGCCCGAGACCAAGGUGCGGAUGAUCGAGGCGCUGCACCGGCGGAACAAGUUCGCCGCCAUGACGGGCGACGGGGUCAAUGACUCGCCGUCGCUCAAGCUCGCCGACGUGGGGAUCGCCAUGGGCCUGAACGGGAGCGACGUGGCGAAGUCGGCGUCGGACAUUGUGCUGACGGACGACAACUUCGCGUCCAUCGUCAACGCGGUCGAGGAAGGGCGGCGCAUGUUCGACAACAUCCAGCGCUUCGUCCUGCACCUGCUGACGUCCAACGUCGGCGAGGUCAUCCUCCUCAUCUGCGGCCUGGGGUUCCAGGACGACACGGGCUUCUCGGUGUUCCCGCUCUCGCCCCUGCAGAUCCUGUGGAUCAACAUGCUCACGUCGUCCUUCCCGGCGUUCGGGCUCGGGCGGGAGAAGGCGUCGCCGGACGUCAUGGAGCGGCCGCCGCACGACACCAAAAAGGGCGUCUUCACCUGGGAGCUCAUCACGGACAUGCUCGUGUACGGCACUAUCCAGGGCACGUGCUGCCUGAUGACGUUCGUCUUCAUCGUCUACGGGCCCGGGCCCGACGGGCUGGGCCGGGACUGCAACCGCAAGUACAACGAGACCUGCGACGUGGUGUUCCGCGCGCGCGCGGCCGUGUUCGCCGAGCUGACCUGGCUGAUCCUGAUCUCGGCGUGGGAGUUCAAGUCGCUGCGCCGGAGCAUGUUCCGGAUCAACCCGCAUGAGCAGCGCGCGUUCCCCUUCUUCCACGACGUCUGGGAGAACCAGUUCCUGUUCUGGUCCGUGGUCGUCGGCGCCCUCUCCGUCUUCCCCGCCGUCUACAUCCCGGGCCUCAACACGUCCGUGUUCAAGCACAAGGGCAUCGGCUGGGAGUGGGCCCCCGCCGUCGUCUGCGUGUUCGUCUUCGUCAGCGGCAUGGAGGCCUGGAAAUACGUCAAGCGCGCCGCUGGCUGGUUUGCCGAGGAGGAGACCGAGGGCAUGAAGGGGAGACGGCACGGGCAUCAUCACGCGAGCGGCGCGCUGUCGCUGAGACAGGGCUUCUUCACCAUGACGAGGAGUUUCACCAAGAGCAAGUCGGAAGAGAAGCAGCGGGCGCCAAUGACGAGAGAGCUGGGCGACCGGGACAGAAGCGGGCGGACACCCGUGUUGCCCAGGGUCAGAGAGGAUGUUUGAACUCCGGUGGUUUUGCCUGGGUUCGCCCAGUGUGUAAUACCAAACUUAUAAUGAAUCGUACUGGGAUAGAUCAAGGAUAGAUCACGUUAACGAGAGGCAUUUUCCUUUCUUCUGAA